GAACACUCCCGCUGCUGGUUCUGAACAUGGGCGGAGAAAUGCUGUAUAUUCUGGACCAGCGGCUCCGAGCCCAGCACGAAACAGACGAUAAAACCCAGAGAGGAGGUUGGUCAGAAGAUGACAGAAAAAGAGGUACACGGCUCCACCCCUCCUCCCUAUCCCACCAUCCCUGCUUAGUGACUAUAGUUUAGUCCCCUUUAGACUCCUCCGUCCUCCAGAGAACACCACGGUGGUGAAACGUGCUGAAUGAUAUAGUGCGCUCCAUGUUCAGUAAGGCGUUUAUGGAGGAGCUGAUGAAGCCGCAGGGUCUGUACUCUCAGCGAGCUCUGCGCUGUGUGCUAACACGGCUAGCUCACACCUCCAUCAUGAGACUCAACCCUGCCAGCAUGGACAGACUGUAUGAUCUGAUGAUGAUGGCGUUUAAGUAUCAGCUCCUGCUCUGUCCUCGACCCCGAGACCUGCUGCUCAUCACCUGUAACCACGUGGACGCGGUGAGGGACAUGGUGAAGGACAGUCCCUGCCUCAUCAACCAGAUCAAUGAUGCACAGAGACAGAUCCUGGAGAUGUAUACUCCUUUAUCAGACGGUGAGCUGCAGUUCAUAAGGCAGACCCUCCUCUCUCUGUUUCAGGACGUUCACGUCAGGGUGUCAAUCUUCCUGAAAGAGAAGAUUCAGAACCCAGACGGCCGUUUUGUUUUACCGACCUCAGGUCCUGUUCCUCACGGCUCAGACGUCCCCGGAUUAAUCAGGUGGUUUAACAGCAGGGGCAGGGAGGUGAGGAGGCGAGAGUUCCCGAGUGGAGGAUGUUACUGCAGCUCGUUGAGGGAGGGCUCGUUUGAUGUAGCUGGAGACAGAGUGACGCGUCUUGGCACAAACAUGUACUGCACUACUUCAUCUGAAGACACUCGCACCUCAGACUCCUCCAAGAACACCUGUAAAACCAAACAACAGGCGAGCGUGCAUCCGAACCCUCUGGCUAAGGAGGAGCUGAACCUGCUGGCGAAGCUGAUGGGGGGGAUGGAGGUGUGGAAUCUGGCGAGUGCAGAUGGAGGAGUGAAAGUGAAUCUGUUCCUCUCAGAGCAGGAGGAGGACGACGGGGGGAUCUCGUCGGGCGGAGAUGAGCCAGCAUUUGGUGUCAUAAAUAUUCAGGCAACACAGGAUCAUCAGGUGAACACUGAGUUAACUCGUAUUGCGGAGGAGUUGUUGGUGCAGCAGGAUCAGCCUGAACUACCAAGUAACAAAGGGGACGACCUGCUCGCCAUGAUGGACGAACUCUAAAGAAAAAACAAAUAGAGCUCUGGAAAAAAUAAGAGAGCACUUAAACAUGAUGAGUUUCUUUGAUUUUAUCAAAUUAAAAACCUCUGGAAUAUAAUCAAGAGGAAGAUGGAUGAUCACAAGCCAUCAAACCACCAAACUGAACUGCUUGAAUUUCUGCACCAGGAGUAAAGCAGCAUAAAGUUAUCCAAAAGCAGUGUGUAAGACUGGUGGAGGAGAACAUGAUGCCUGAAAUGAUGCAUGAAAACUGUGAUUAAAAACCAGGUUUAUUCCACCAAAUAUUGAUUUUUUAACUCUUAAAACUUUAUGAAUAUAAACUUGUUUUCUUUGCAUUAUUUGAGGUCUGAAAGCUCUACAUCUUUUUUGUUAUUUCUGCCGUUUCUCUGCAAAUUUUCUGUAAAUAAAUGCUCUAAAUGCUCUAGGUUUGUACAGUUAUAGUUUAACAGAAUCGAACACAUUUAGGGUUUUUUUCUGUUUGUUUAUAUUUAAUAUGCUAGCUGCUAUUAUGUAAAGGCUGCUUUAAAGCUUCAGCACAUGCAGGUAUUUGCAUCGAAAUAAAAUACAAUUUAAAAUUAAGGGUUGUGUGAAACAGUCAUUUAUAAGAGUCAUUUAUUUGCACCACAAGUAGUUGAUUUUAUUAACAUCAUAUCUACAGUACAUUUCUGAUCCAGGUUUCACAUUUUUACAGCUUCUGUUCUUCUUUAUUCUUGUUUUGCAUUAAAAUGAAAUAAAAACUUUAGAAACAAAUGUAACAACCAGCUGUAUACAAACAAUAAAAUGAAGAGGUUUUUGUUUUUU